AUGAAUUCUCACAGCGGAGAUGAAGAAGCUAGACCGCUGCUCGACCAAGAUGCAGAAGAUGAUCGUCUUCUGAACUCGACGUCAAGAGGUGGCUCUUACACCGUACCAUACCCUGGACCAUACGCUGGCUUUGCCUGGCGCAGUGUGCUUUUGGGAUUGGCUAUAGGGAUUCUUGUGUGCUUGACCAAUAUUCAUUUCGGUCUACAAACAGGCUACAUCAAUAUCAUGGGAAUGCCGUCCGCGCUCAUUGGCUUCGGGAUCUUUCAGUUGCUUCAGAAGCAUUUGAAACUGCCAUUCUCUGCAGCAGAAAAUGUCCUCGUUCAAACCGUUGCCAGCUCCGUGGGAGCUAUGCCAGCAACUGCUGGACUAGUUGGAGUGAUUCCUGCAUUGGAGUUUCUUGUCCCACGGCCAGAUGGGGCAUCCUCUCACCCUAAUCUAAUGCGUCUAUGUAUAUGGUCUUUGGGAACAUCUAUUUUUGGCCUUGUUUUCGCAAUGACAUUACGCAAUCGCAUUAUACUGAAGGAGAAGUUGAGAUUCCCUACUGGUACAGCCACUGCUGUGACGAUCAACGUCCUGCAUCAAGAGAAAAGCGUUCCCGUCCCGGACUUAGAUGCGACUUCAGACACCGUACUAGAGGAUCGCAUAGAAGGGUCUGAUGCAGGCUAUGAGCACUCUCCUACCAUCAGUCCAUACGUCGGUCUCCGGGAUAUAUCUGUUGCAAUGGGUCUAUCGGGCGUCUACACUACCAUAUCGUACUUCUUGCCCAUCCUCCAUAACAUUCCAAUCUUUGGAGGAGUUGCUGCGUCGAAGUGGCUCUGGACCUUCAACCUAUCCUUCGGUUACUUCGGCCAAGGAGUGAUCACCGGCCAUAUAGUAAUGAUCAAUAUGCUCGCCGGAGCGAUCGUGGGAUGGGGAAUUCUGUCACCGCUAGCAAAAGGCAUGGGCUGGGCACCUGGCCUUGUUCGUGAUUGGGAAUCUGGAAGCCGAGGAUGGACCAUCUGGAUCAGUCUUGCAGCAAUGCUCGCGGAUGCACUGGUAGAUUUGGUCUGGUUCGUCGCUCAAUCGGCACUUCUGUACCUCAAAGCUCAACGAGGAGACGUAGACCACGAUGGAUCUGCCGAGUCUGAAUCGAACUUCGACCUCAAAAAGGACAGUGUAUUGUUUUCGAAGUUCAACUGGAUCUGGCUGACCAGCGGCCUACUGCUCUCGAUUGCGAUCUGUAUCCCGGCUGUAGCUGUCUCCUUUGGCCAGUUCAUGCCCGCACCUGCAACACUGUUUUCAAUAGUCAUAGCUCUACCGCUUUGUGUCAUGGGAAUAAAAGCUGUCGGAACAACAGACCACAACCCUGCGUCCGGAAUUGCCAAAAUAUGUCAACUCAUAAUGGGUCGAAUCAUCCCGCAAUCGAAUCCAAACGCAAAACUCAUCAAUCUUGUCGCUGGUGGCAUUGCCGAGGCUGGCGCAGUUCAGUCUGGCUUCAUGAUGCAAAAUCUGAAGACAGGCUAUUUGAGUGGCUCCAGCCCUGAUACUCAGUUCUUUGGCCAGGUUCUUGGAUCACUUGUUGGCGCCAUUGUUUCCAGCAUGCUCUAUCGCCUUUAUACCUCGGUCUACAGUGUCCCUGGUGACAUUUUCCAGGUGCCUUCAGCAUAUGUGUGGCGUGCUGGAGCUUCUCUUGCAGUUGGCGAGGGCCUACCGGAUCACGCACCUAUUUUUGCUUUAAUAACAGCCAUCAUAUUUGCAGCAUUUUCUAUUACUAGAAUUGUCUGUGGCAACUCAAAGUAUCGUCAUUUCAUCCCCAUGGGCAUACCUUUCUCAGUCGGAAUGUACAACGUGCCCAGCUUCACUCUGGCCAGAGCGCUGGGAGCUCUGGCACAGUGGUACUGGACUUCGAGAAUGAAACGGAGCGAGACGCCAUUGAUGAUAUUUGCAAGUGGUCUAAUACUGGGUGAGGGUCUAGCAAGCAUCUUGAGUCUGAUUCUCGAGGCAUCUCAUGUGCCUCAUUUGUGA